CAUCUCUGCGGCGGUGUCCGGAUUCUUCUUCUUCUUCUUCUUCCCUCGUCAUCCGGGAACGCGGCGAGGAGGCGGCCUGGCUACAGGACGUCUUCUUCUUCCCUCUCGUCUUCCCCCUCUUCUCCAACCUUCUCUUCACGGGCCAAAAAAAAUCUUUGGUAAUUGGUACGGUCCGCCAUGCGGGCGGUGCCUUGUCGAGCUCGGAAGACGGCAUGAGUGCUGUAAUAUUGGUUGGAUUCAGUUAUGAAAUUAAGUAGUACUGAAUAAUGAGAUUCGGGUUGGAUCAAAUUUAUUCGAACGGGAUCGGUUUUGUUCUUUUGUUUUUGGAAAGAACCGAAUAGUUUCUUUUUAACUAUUUCCUCAUUUUAAAGAACGGUAUUAUGCGAUUCAAAUCAAAUCUACGCAAGUCAAAAUUUCAACAACCAGUUGCGUCAACAUGCUUUUUGUCUGGUUAAAAGAACUGAAAAGAUGCGGCAUUGGCUGGACUUCGUGUGGCAGAGCGUGCCUAUUGGAAGGAAUUUGUGGACAGAGUAUUGAAAGAUACCAGCAGCAUUGAUAUAACUGCGUCAAAUAUAGCUGUUCCCACAAGGCUACCUGUCGAGCUGCAAGUCCUGAUCAAGGUUAUGAUCCACCAGAUUCUUAACACUCAGCCUGGAGCAAUCCCUCCACUAGCAUUUCAUUGGUGUUGCAAUCAGCUUCUUCAGCAUUUGGUGAAUUCAGUAAGAACCCAAGGACAGCCAACUGUUGAACCAAAUGUACAUGGACAUCAACGUUGCAGGGGUGCAGGUUGGUCAUCGGGGAUUCCCGAACGAUUGGCCGAUCGAAAUGUUUCAGAAGAUGGAGGUAUUGGAGGAGUUGAUUCGAGGAGGAACAUUAGAGAGAUGAAUGGUAAAAUUAAAGAGACAAAUGCAAGUCGUGAGUCACCCCGAAUCCUCAAGCCUACUGGUGAGCCAAACCCAUCCACUGGUGGCAUACGGAUUCAGAAUAAUCGGCAAGAGCAACCUGCAGAAAUGACCAUUUUCCAUCCAUGGAAAAACAUUACUGAUAGAACAUCAGCUUAUGAGCUAAGCCAUAUUGACAACUUGGUUAAUCAUGAAGAUGAUGAGACAAAGAGGCAGAAAGAACAGAGUGUUCACAUCACUCUGUUGUAUGAGAUCAACCUCAUCAACGAAGAGCUUUUCGAUACCGUGAUCAGUAUCACCGGUCACAAACAUGGUGGGACAGUGAUCAAAUUCAGCUACAAUGCAGUGUCUCUUGCACAAGACAUGGAGCUACCAUUUGCAGCAUACGGAACGUCUCCUCUCAAGCCGGCGAAGCUAUUUGUCCCAGCUGAUUAUCCUCGAAGCUCCCCGGUGUACGAAGAUGGUGAUGAACAGCACCAGGGAAUGUACAGCGUGAUUUCAGGCAUGGUUGACAAGGUGUUCCAGCGUGCCCUGCGUAAACUCCCGGUGCCAAUGUCGAUCAGGGACAUGGCCCGGCAGUGGGGCAUCUCCGUGCGAACGGUCACCAACGGUGGAGGAACGUUCAGCUCCGGGUAUGGCCAGUGGGAGAGUUGCACCGAUGAGUUUGCAAGUCCAUAGUCCAUGGAUAGACCCAUGAAGUUUUGCAGGAACAAGUGAUAUGAAGAAUAAUGCUGAUCUGCUGUUUUGCUGUAGGGCAGAUGCAGAAUCCAGUGUGAGUGUUGUGAGAGAAUAUUUAUAUUUUUGUUAUGCAUUAAGAGGCUGUGUGGAUCAUCUGUUUUUGAUUAAACCGGUUUUGCUUAAAAAAUAUUUCUUACUACGGUUGUGAAUUGUGAUA